AUGGAUCCAGUAAAAGACUCAGACAACUUGAACGAGGAGGAAAAGCGCGCCAGGAACGCUCAAUAUGAGCGUGAAAGGCGAGAGGAGUUGGCGAAAGCCCAAAGAGAACUGGCAGAGGCCGCAGGGUGUGACCCUAAUAUAACGCCCGCCAACUUAAUGGUACAUGUUAUCAUGCACUUGCGAACUAAAAGAAGAGAACGUAUAGAAGACAUUAAACGCGUGAAUAGAAAAUUGAAGAAAAAAAUUCCAAUCUUCACAGUAACACAAAGCAACUCGCAGAAAGUGAAAGCGAGUCAUAAACUCCGGGUGCAGACCAGCAAGAUAGUCUCCAGCUUCAAGGCUCCAUCAUACAACUGUCAGUUAGUGCGCGAGUUUACAGGACACAAAGAUGGGAUUUGGGAUGUGACGUCAGCUCGUCCUGGACAAGCUCUUAUUGGCACUGCUUCUGCAGAUCACACAGCUUGCGUAUGGAGCGUGGAAUGGGGUAAAUGUCUCCUGCAGUACACAGGGCACACAGGCUCUGUCAACUCGAUCCGUUUUCACCCAAGCAGGGACAUUGCUCUCACAAGCAGCGGAGACAAUACUGCUCACGUGUGGCAGGCCGCCGUCAAUUGGGACCUACCGCGCGGCCAGUCCUCUGAGGAAGAGUUAGAAGGAGGCGGCGAAGAAAGUCUGGGCGAAGGAGGAGAUAGGCCAGAAGUACUGCGCACUCCUCUCACGGAGUUGGGCGGCCACCAAGGUGUCGUUGUCGCCGCUGAUUGGCUGACCGGCGGCGAUCACGUCAUCACCGCCUCCUGGGAUAGGACCGCUAACCUAUAUGAUGUCGAAACUGGGGACUGCCUGCAAGUUCUUACAGGUCACGAUCACGAGCUGACGCAUGCGUCUGCGCACCACGCGUCCCGGCUGGUGGUGACAGCGUCCCGCGACACAACGUUCCGUCUCUGGGACUUCCGUGAGCCGAUACACUCCGUCUCCGUCUUCCAAGGACACACUGAGAGCGUCACAUCGGCUGUGUUCACACGAGAAGACAAAGUCGUUUCUGGAUCUGAUGACCGUUCCGUUAAGGUUUGGGACGUCCGUAACAUGCGUUCAGCUCUUGCCACGAUCAGAUCUGAUUCCUCAGUGAACCGUGUUGGUGUGAGUGGCAAUGGACUGAUCGCGAUCCCACACGACAACCGACAGGUCCGACUCUUCGACCUGCAGGGGCAGAGACUCGCUAGACUGCCUCGAUCUAGCCGUCAGGGUCACCGUCGCAUGGUGACGUCAGUGGCCUGGGCGGAUGACAUAUCGUCCAACAUAAACUUCUUCAGCUGCGGCUUCGACCGACGUAUACUCGGCUGGUCCAUCCAACCUUCGAAGGAGAACUAAGUACUAAGACUUCAGUGGUUGCAGGUCCUCCAAACUUCAUGGUCGCUCUGAAAGCAGCGAGGGAGAGUCGGUUACUACAAUAUACAUACAAACCUACUUCGGAGUGACUAACAUUUUGUCGCGGGCUGUACAUAACCUUUUGACCGCCAUGUGUAAUUCCAAAGCAUUCCCUCCAAUGUCACACUUCGAAUUCAUGUAGAUAAGGUUAUAUAAUUAUUAUGUUUUGUCAACCAUAUAUGAUAUUAAUGAUAUUAUCAUGGUACAAAAUUCAAGGUCAUUAAAGCGAUAAUGAAACUAAAUAAUAAACCAUCUGCUAACUAAAAGAUACUUAGCAUGACGUACUAACUAGUAAAAUGUCACCUAUCUUAGCUUAGGAGUUGGUGAAAACGAGCAAAAUUUUCUUAUUUACUGGUUACCAUGGUGACUGUAUUUUGAUUUGCGGUCGUAGUUACGUGAUACAGGCGGUCAAAAGGUUAACGUUUAUUUUAUUUUCGUCCUGUUAUAAUUAAUUGCAACGGUUGUCGGUGACAUAUAACCUUAUUAACUAACCAAUGGGCGAUGAGGUAUUAGAUAACUAUUCCUGAGACAUGCAUGUAUAGCGUCUCACUCUAAACUUUUCUUUAAAUACAAGUAACAUCAUACGGAAUUUCUUAUAUUCUAGUUUUAUAUUAAUUUUGGUCUUCUAAUAACAUUAAUCAAAAUUCAAACGGAUGUGGUUUAGUAAUUAAUAUUAGUAACAAUUUAAAAUUUAAUUAUCAAUCUGUAAAGCAGAUUGUUUGAGAUAUUUUAUUGUAUCGCACAAAAUUUAUUGUUAUUUUUUUUUAUUUCUGUCGUUUUUAAGGCAACAGCAGUUAAGCAACAGCUGUCUUGUGUGGCGUCUUUUUUUAAAUAAAGCUAAGGACACACUAGGUUACCAAUGUCCAAAGACAUGUGUCGGCGUUUCGAGCGAAGCCAGACGAUGUCGCCUGACAUACACGGUGACAACGCGCAACUUAUGUCCACAGUGACGUUGAUGUUCCCAGACAUGUAUACGAAAGUUCGGAAACGUCGCGCUACUUUACCCGACGUCGCUGGCGACACGUGUCGCAGGACGUUUGUACCCUAGUGUAUCCUUGGGUUUAACGUUACCUACGUAAUGUUCCAAUAUCGCUUCCAAAUAUUCUACAUGUGAUACAUGCUACCUAGAUUUGUAACUCUAAAACCAGUAAAUACGGAGGCCUUAGUACAAGUUUAUUUCACGUUUAAAUUAAUCGAAACGAGUACGCGUUCGGCGCUGUAAUUGGCCGGUUCUAAUGAACUAACCAAUCGGAGCUCCGAAGGCAGUCUUGUUUCGAUUACUUUUAACGUAAAACAACAUCGUACUAUGGCCUCUGAGCUCCUUUUUCGAAAAGUUGCCAUUUGACGAAGAGAUCAUUUAAUAAUGAAUUUAACACGUAAUACAACAUAUCUUUAGGUAUACUAUCCUAUCGUUGUAAAGACAGAAUCGCCUAGUCAAUAUAACACAAUCACAAAUGAACCAAAGAAAAUGUCUUACCCAGCAUAUUUUGGCUUUUGUUGUCUCUGUUGUUCAGUCAAAAAGUUUAAAAAAUAACCGAUUUUAAUCAUAAAAUUAAUCGAACUAAUAUUAAACGUCCACAUCAAUUCAAAGAUAAAUCCUUGAAGAAUUCGAUUUAGAAUUUGAUCAGUUCAUCAAUUUCAGUCAUAAGUAAUGAAACUCUAUAGAAUAAUACGAAUCUAUCUUUCCAUAGAAAAAGCUGCCCUAUAACGGAAUUCUAAUCUUAAAGUUGAACAUGCUCCACAUAAAUCUUAGCAACAAUCUAAUAUGCGAAUAAAUAAUUUUGUUACAUGUUUUUGUAGUAAAUUUUACUUAAAUCGAAAUGCCCCCCUACAAUAUUAUUCAUCUAUGAUUACCGUGAAUAAAAAGUAAAUUAAAACUGAAUUAAUUAUUAUAUUUUCGGCUUACUUUACUUACGCAGUAGCAGUGUAUUACUAGCAGCGCGACAAUCGCCGUGUCGCGUAAUGCUGCUUAUGAAAAUGAAACUCUAGCAUGGCUUGAAACUAGUCAAGUUCCUCGUCAAACAGUGAAGUUAGUAAGCCGAAAACAUAAUAAUUAAUUUAGUCAUGCAAGUUUUAAUAUAAACAAAUUAAAACUGUAUCUGUCUAUAAAACAUUGAUCCUCUAUUUGUCUCUCAUAUAGGUAAUCGUCUAAUUGAUUCUUGAAAGUUCUUUACACUCUGUUCGCACAUAUCACAAAUGAAUACAAUGUGAUGGCUUAAAAUUAUAUCAAAACCAAAUUAUUAUAGAAAGGAGUUUUUUUUAAGGGGUGAGAAUCAUCGAAUGACUGCUCCU